GAUUCCAUAUUCGUCAACACUCUUCGAUAUGACCAGUAUACAAUUUUUGAGUAAACUGGUUGCCGUGUGCGCAAUCCUUUCAUUUUUUCCCGCGUCGUUCGCCAUUAAGAUAGAUGAAGUUCCUUCAGUUAUUGGACCUGAACCUGGGACACACAAACAAGCGAAUCUUCUACUAAUUGGGUCGUUUGAAGGGACAUUCUUUUUCUAUGGAAAUACAAGUCAAACCAGAAACUGGUACUUUGCAUCCAGCGAAUGUCGGGCGGCUGGACUAUCUCUGGCCACCUUCUGUUCCUAUAAUGAGUUUGAAUUUAUAAGGUCCAGGUUACUAGAACUUAAUGUUCACGUUGCCUGGACCGGAGGAAUACUGAAAGGUGGAGAGAGUAGUCUCAGCGAUCGCACAAUAUUUAAAUGGAAUGACGAGAAUAAUUCUCCAAUUGAGGACGAAAUUCAAAUUGUUUAUUCUUCAGCAGAAGCGACAACAUUGGGUCUAGCGUAUAACAGCGAUAGUUACCUCUGGGUGCAGAAUGGUAUCUCGUUCGAUUCUGACUAUAUUUGUCAAACGUAAAAUUGAAUUUGUCAUGUGCAUGGAUAUAACUUGGUAGACAAAUUGAAAAUAAAUUACUGAAAAU